AUGGCCGCUGGCUGCCUACACUGUGGUGAGCCCGCGAAGGCAAUUGGCAUUCUCAAUCACAUGAUGCUGGAUGGAGUUAUGCCUAACAGUUACACAUUUGCUACGGUGGCUAAUGCCUGCGCAAGUCUCACUGAUCUGGAUGAAGGAAGCAAAGUUCAUGGAUAUGUGAUCAAGCUAGGAGAUGACGCAGAUGUUGGCGUCAACAAUGCACUCAUCGAUAUGUAUGCGAAGUGUGGGUCAGUGAACUGUGCUUACAAGGUGUUCCUGUCCAUGCAACAGCGGCCAGUUAUCUCCUGGACAACGAUGAUCAUGGGUUUUGCGCAGAACGGUCUAGCUCGCGAGGCUGUGGAGGUGUUUGACGACAUGCUGUUGAAAGGUGUGGCACCCAACUAUGUCACAUUAAUCUGUGUUCUGUACGCUUGCAGCCAAGGUGGGUUUGUGGAUGAAGGUUGGAUAUACUUCAACGCCAUGGAGGAUAGGUUUGGUGUUCAGCCUGGCGAAGACCACUAUGCUUGCAUGGUCGAUCUCCUCGGAAAAGCAGGCCGUAUCGAGGAGGCUGAAGAGCUGAUAUCAAGGAUGCCAGUCCGGCCAGGGGUUCUGGUCUGGCAGGCAUUGCUUGGUGCUUGCCGCCUUCAUGGCAACGAGGCUGCAGGCAGGAGAGCUGCAGAGUAUGCACUUGCGCUCGAAAAGGAUGAUCCAUCGACAUACAUGUUACUAUCCAACAUGCUUGCCGACCAGCACAAUUGGGACAGUGCAGGGAAGCUGAGAGGACUCAUGGAAGAUACAGACAUCAUGAAGGUGCCUGGAUCUUCAUGGUUUCAAUCCAAGCCCGCCAGAAACCGAGCUUGUAUCAGGUGA